CGCUUUUAAACUGUUGAAAUUCUUCAUGACUGCUGCAUGGAGAGAGUUCUGGGCUUUUGCUUUUUAAUGUUUCCCGUAUCCUUCACGGCUUCUCUCAUCUACUUACCUCCCUUUCCCUUUCUUCCCCUUUCUUUUGUUGAUUUGCCCUCUCUAUCACCCCCUUUUAAAUUAUCAUUAACGUCUUUAGAAUUCCUUUAUUCAUUAAAGAUACAUCUGCUGCUUUGCUGGCGUUCCUAAUUUCUAGUAUUUCGCAUGUUGGCAUCUUCUCAGUAAGCAUUAUCUGUAUAUUAACGCUGGGACCAUGCUAGGAGAAGAAAAUAUGUACUCUCAAAAUUAUUUGGACUACUUUCACUUGCGUGGGUAGUAGCAUUUGUACUGAAUCGUCGGCGACAAAAAUACAGGGACUUGGAGCCAGUGACUAUGGCAGGUGUGCACACCCUCUGGCACCAGGCAGACUUUUUUGGGCCUUUCCGUAAGUAGGAAUUGCAGGCUUCAUCUACUGCUCCACAUUUGUCUGAUUCCGUUCCUGAGGCGGCUGCGUGGGAAAGGGAAGGUUGUUCGGAGAACUGUGUUAAAAGUGAGGAUCAGGAACGGUUGCCUAUUUAAAUAGCAGGUGCAAACGGCGCAGAAAUUUUGCGGGCUGUAAGCAUGCUAGGAGGUUACUUAUCAGUGAUGAGCGGGGACAGGAUUAAGGGAUCACCUGAGCUCGAGAAUUACAAAUGCUUCUGACACCUGCAGCAAAAAUUUCCAUCAACAGACGGUAUCCUGGGGGAGGGGCGGGGAGGAGCCCAGGAAAGAGCAGUUUUCGCCAGGAUUGGCGGCGCCCCUUCCCCGCUGGGCAGCGGCGGGUCGGACCCCGCCCCCGCACCGCGGGUGGGCGGCCGGGCGGGGCGGGGCCGGGCACCUCCCAGCCAUCGCUCAGCCGGACGCUGUGACUCUCCGCCCCCUUCUGAUACGCACUCCACGGCCGCCCCCACCCCCGUCCCCGCCCCCACCCGGCCGGCUCGAGUCCCAGGCGGGUCCUGCUACCUGGGCACGCCCGGCCGGGCAGCUGAGGGCGCGGCGCCGCGUGGCGGCGCUGAGGGGUCGCCGAGAGGAGCUCGGCGGCGUCUGUUGGAGCCGUUCCCUCGGUGGGCCGCCGGCGAGGGCAUGAGCGCGGACUCCCUCUGCCUCCAGAGCGGCGGGAGCGGCGAGGGGAGGAGGCGCCGCUUGGAGGCCACCGUCCAGGGCAGCGCCGGGGGAGAGCAGGGCGGGAGAUGUGCCUGUCCUUAGCGGCCCAGGAAGCAGCAUGCACCCCGAUGCCACCGACAGCAGCGGCGCCGGCCUCACGGGCGCCCCAGGCGAGCGGCGGCCGGAUUCCCGGGAGGACGCGGCAGCCCCCGGGGGCCCUGGCGGCGGGAGCUGGCGGGCGCUGGUGGCCGUGGCCGCCCUCGCCGCCGUGUCCCUCUGCUUCCUGGGGCCCGGCUGCUGGGAAGCGGGAAGCGCGGGGCUGGGCACCGUCCUGCUCAGGCUCAGCCUGUACCUGGGCUGCGCUGCGGCCGCCUUCCUGCUGGGGACCUUGUUCUCCCUGGUCUGCCGGAGCCCGCGAGCUCCGCCGCCCGACUUCGCCGCCGCCUGGAGACGGCUGGCCGCGGCCACCCGCCACCCGCCGGAGAGUCCUGUGUAUGGAAACUCAAACGAGUCAGUUCAGUCUAGAAGGGUAGUCAUUUCUCAUAACAUGGACAAAGCUUUGAAAGAAGUGUUUGACUACAGUUACAGAGACUACAUCCUGUCCUGGUAUGGAAGCCUCAGCAGAGACGAGGGGCAGCUCUACCACCUGCUUUCCGAGGACUUCUGGGAAGUUGCCAGACAGCUGCGCCACAGGCUGAGCCACGUGGACGUGGUCAGAGUUGUCUGCAAUGAUGUCGUGAGAGCUUUACUCGCUCACUUCUGUGACCUGAAGGCGGCGAACGCCAGACAUGAAGAACAGCCGAGGCCUUUUGUGUUGCAUGCAUUCUUGAGGAACUCAGAUGAUGAAGUAAGAUUUCUACAAACGUGUUCUCGGGUUCUGGUGUUUUGUCUCCUCCCCUCAAAGGAUGUCCAGUCUCUCAGCUUACGCAUAAUGCUCGCAGAAAUUCUCACAGCAAAAGUCUUAAAGCCAGUAGUGGAGUUACUUAGUAAUCCAGAUUACAUUAACCAGAUGUUGCUUGCCCAGUUGGAGCACAGAGAACAGAUGAAUGAACAUCACAAGAGAGCCUACACCUAUGCUCCCUCCUAUGAAGAGUUCAUCAAGCUUAUUAACAGCAACUCUGAUGUUGAGUUCUUGAAGCAACUAAGGUAUCAAAUUGUAGUGGAAAUAAUCCAAGCAACUACAAUUAGCAGCUUCCCCCAGCUGAAGAGGCACAAAGGUAAAGAAACUGCUGCCAUGAAGGCUGAUCUCCUGAGGGCCAGGAACAUGAAAAGGUACAUUAACCAACUGACUGUGGCAAAGAAGCAGUGUGAGAAGAGGAUCAGAAUCCUGGGAGGCCCUGCCUACGACCAGCAAGAGGAUGGGACCUUGGAUGAGGGGGAAGGGCCUCAAAGCCAGAAGAUUCUUCAUUUCGAAGAUAUCUUGGCCAGUACUUCCUACCGAGAGCACUUUCGAACGUACAUGGAAAGGAUGGACAAGAGAGCUCUGAUGAGCUUUUGGGAGUCUGUGGAAUAUUUAAAGAAUGCUAACAAGAACGAAAUUCCACAAUUAGUUGGUGAAAUUUACCAGAAUUUCUUCGUGGAGAGCAAAGAAAUAUCUGUGGAAAAAUCACUUUACAAAGAAAUCCAGCAGUGUCUUGUAGGAAAUAAAGGAAUUGAAGUGUUCUGCAAAAUCCAGGGAGACGUUUAUGAGACGCUGAAGGAUAGGUAUUACCCUUCAUUUAUUGUCAGUGACCUGUAUGAGAAAUUGAUGAUAAAAGAGGAAGAAAAACAUGUCUCCCAGUUGAUUUCCAACAAGGAUGAAAUGGACCCAGGAGGUGAGGCUGGUGAGGCAUCUGUGGAUGAAGGCACCAGUCGGAUUAAUGAACAAACCAGUUUUGCUGUAAACAAACUGCGAGAACUAAAUGAGAAACUUGACUAUAAGAGGCAAGCUCUAAAUUCUAUUCAAAAUGCACCAAAACCUGACAAGAAGAUUGUUUCUAAGUUGAAGGAGGAAAUAAUUCUAAUAGAGAAAGAACGCACAGAACUUCAGCUGCACAUGGCAAGAACAGAUUGGUGGUGUGAGAACCUCGGUAUGUGGAAAGCCUCCAUCACCAGUGGAGAGGUUACAGAAGAGAAUGGUGAACAAAUGCCCUGUUACUUUGUCAUGGUAAGCUUACAAGAAGUUGGAGGAGUUGAAACUAAGAACUGGACGGUCCCCAGAAGGCUCAGUGAGUUUCAGAAUUUACACCGGAAACUUAGUGAGUGUUUCCCUUCUUUAAAAAAAGUCCAGUUGCCUUCUCUUAGCAAGCUGCCUUUCAAAUCUGUAGAUCAAAAGUUUAUGGAAAAGUCAAAGAAUCAAUUAAAUAAGUUUUUACAGGUCAGGACAGAUCCUCAAAAUAUCUUUGGUUUUGGGUUCUGGGUUUUUUUUUUUUGGUGCUAUAUAUAUAUGUAUAUGUGUGUAUAUAUAUGUAUACUCUACAGACAGAAAAUGCAGAUACCACGUGUACGGCUUUCUCCAUUUUCACAAACUGGAUACACCCUCGUAACUAGCACCUAGUCCCAGAGACAGUGUCACGAGUCCCGCCAGCGUCACCACAGGUAACCGUGGUCCCGACUCACGACCACGCAGUUACAGCUGGUUUUGAACUUAACAUGAGUGGACCCCCUUCACUCGGGAUCGUGGGCCUGAGGUCCUCCCAUAGGGCUGUUUCAGUUGCAGACCAUUCUUUGAUUUCAUUUUUGUUCUCGUUUUCAUUGUUGAACGGACUUCUCCUGGCGUGAACCCCCUGCAGUCUGUUCCUGCUCUUGUUGAUGGGCGUUCGGAGAGUUUCCAGCUGGUGGCUGUUAAUGAGCUGCCAGCGCUUGGCUUUUGGUGGAUAGCUGCUGGGGAAUCCCUAGGCAUUUGGGUUUUUCAGUUUUUCUGAGUGGCCGUAGCAGUUUGUACAUUCUCACCAGCGGCAUGCGGGCUUCUGUUCACUCCACACUGGACGGUUUCUUUUGUGAAGUUAAAGUUGUGUCUGCUCUUCUGUCGUGUUGCCUGUCUUUUCCGUAUCGCUUUGCAGGAGUUUCGUGUGUGUUUUGGAUGUGCGUCUCUUGUCAGAGCAUAUGUGCUGUGGCUAUCUUCUUUCUGUGGGUUGCCUUUUCGGUCUCUUAAUGAGCAUAAAUUCUCAAUUUUAAUUUAGUCCAAUUUAUCCAUUUUUUUUCCUUUUGUGGUGAAUGCCUUUUGUGCUUGUGGAGAAAUCCUUGCCUACUGCAAGGUUCUAAAGAUAGUCUCCUUAUUUUCUCUAAAUGCAUAACUGGUUUCUUUCACUCUAUCUUUAGAGCAUAAGACCGGACAAAGGUAUGCUGUCUCCAGUAGCAAACCACUAUUUAUUUUUUCCUUAGCUGGGGCCUCUGUAUUCAGGGUAUAGUUAAGUUGCUCACACCAUGGCCCCCAAAGCCCGUAUAGUUCUUGGGGGGCAUGGACCUUUGCCUUGUGAAACGCUUUUUGCCAAUGCAGUAGUAGCUAGAAGUCCUGAGACUUAAUAACGGAUGUUGCCAGAUUCUUAGUAAAGGUUAUGUUAUAUUCAGUUGGAUCAGGGUGUGAAUCAUAGUUAAAGUAGGUACAUUUUAGCUAGAGUUCCCUCGCAAGUGUUUCUAACUAUUUUUCUCUCAUAUAUUCAUCUCUCUCUAAAUAUAUAUGUAUUUUUUAUAAAUAUAUAAAUGUGUGUGUGUAUAUAUAUAUGUAUAUGUAUAUAUUUCCCUCAGGAAAUAAAAUAAUUGCACCUUUGAAAAACUUUCUGAGUUUAAUUAUGGCAGAACUGGGAUAGAGAAUCAUUAAUGUUUAAAUGCUAUUACAGGAAAGAAUUUAAAACUGAAAUAUUACCAUCUCGUUGCUGAUUCAGAACAUCUAGGAAAUAUUAAACCCACUCAAGCAUUGUACCUGAUUAAAUCGUUCAGAUGAACUAAAGGUCUUGUUUGUGAAACGAAUAUAUAUUAUUCAAAAUCCAAGCUUGUGAAGCCCCACGUGUGUAGCUCUGGGAUCUUGCAGCUGAUGCUUCCCUUUCCUUCCAGCCUCUGCUGUUGGGGGAGGGAGGGUCUCGGGUUGUUCGGCGCUUCCAGCCCUUCAGCUGCCUUUCCAGUUGUGCUGCAGAGACUGGGGUGCCCCCUGCACUUUUGGGGAUGCGGUGAGGGGUCACUCGUGCCCCUGUUGGGUUGCUGGUGAUGGAAAUGGGUUAGUGAUUCCUGCCCUGGUGCCAAGAGAAGCAUGUGCUCUGAGCUGCCAGUAGGUGGCGUGGGCGAGGCUGGGGCCUGAAGAGGUGGAAGGGGCAUCUCAAGGGGCCAUUUGUCUUUUGAUCAAGAGGACUGUAAGUCAGAAAGUAAUGGUUUAAAUUGCUUUUCAUUUCCUCAAAGACUUUAUGUGAAAGUGCUCACUAUUUAAUAACUUUAGGUAGAUUACACAGCAGACUGAAGUUUCAAAAUAUCAUCCCACCAGCUGCAAACAGGAAAAGCAAGAUGCAAAAGGUUUAGUCUGAAAGGCAGAUAUUAUUAGGUCCACAGGACCUUCCAGAAAAGAGGAUUCCAUUGAGUGUAUGUUUGUGUGAGUAUUUAUACAUGACACAUGGUUCCCUUUGAGGUAUACUGAUAAUAGAUAAUAAUCUAGCCAGUUGUCCCUCACACACAGGCAGCUUACUCUAGCCGUCCCCGCAGUAGCGCGGUACCCACUUCUGGGUGUGCGUGUGCUGUUCGCUCUUCCUGGAAUGUUUUACUCUCCUCAUCUUCCACUGACUAGUCCUCUUAGAGGCUCCACCUGUGUAGAACAACGUGCUCUAAGCCUUUGGGGGGAAGGAGUGGGGAUUAGGAUUAUAUUCUCAGCUUAAAGAUGAGACAAGAUCCCAAUUAUACCUUGCCCCAUAGACAUAAUCUUUGAGAACAUUUCUAACUUCUCAUACAUGUUCAAUUUGGUUAUUUUCCUUCAUGAUAGAAUAUAACUCAGUCCAAAGACUUGUCAUCCUUAAUGAUUUCCUUAUUUAUGUUGCUUGCAUUAUUUGAGACUUACAUUGGUUAUCAUUUCCUACUAUUUGAUAAAAGAGUGUUGGAGUGGAGAUUAGCUAAAGGAAAUCAAGGUGGAAGGAGACUAUCUCACUCCUCCUAAUCCACCCUCACAUACAACUGAGCAUUUAAUGCUCUACAAAAGGAAUAAAGGCUCAGGGGCCUGCCCGGGAAGGCAGUAGUGACCCCAACUGCCUGUCCCCUAAAUCUCCUUCCCCACGUCUGAUGCAGAACCUGCAUCUUCAGGCCAGUCUUCCGCAGGACACAGGAAGCUGACAACCACUGGAAUGCGGGGGUGGGGGGGGUGCCCCGGGACCCCCGUCCCCAGUGUGGCACUAUUGGGCACGCUCGGAGGUGCUUUUCUAGGGAGGGUCACGGGUUUAUCAGAUUUCAAGCUUCGUCUGAACAAAUAUAAUGUGAACAUCAUGGACCAACUCCUCUGGGACCAGAAUGUAACCUGUUCUCCCAGCAGAGAGGGUUCUGCCAUCAGAACGCCAGUGUUCCAGCCCCCCAGGGGGGUUACAUCAUCCAUGGGGCAGGAUUUCUCAUUGGUUCAUUUAUUCCUAAACCCUGUAUCUGUGAGUACCAGACAUUUACACAUUCUUGUGGUCACAUUGUUAAUUUUCCUGUCUUACCGGUAGCACUUGCUUUGUACGUAAACUUGAUGCAUGUUCUCCUUUCCUUUCUCCUAAGGCCAGAGAAGUACAGAGAACUUGAGCAAAUUUCCAGUUUACGGGCCAAUAAAAACAGUUAUAAAAUUAUGUAAACAUAUGCUGCCUGUGGAAGGUGGAGCACAGGGACAGAAAACUACUGCCUGGCAGGCAGUUACCACCAUGUGACAAGCCAGAGCUCUUUCUUCAGCUGAUGUACAAAGUCCGCACGUAGCCAUGAAAGGGUUGGGUGGGAUCCCUGGGGAGUGUGCGAAA